AAUGCCAUCACAUGCUCAUAUGAUCUGUUCCUUUUGGGAUGUAUUUGUUAUGCCGUUUCCUGUAGGAAGGACGGCUGCAGGGAACCCUGAAAAAGCAAGAGUGAGACAGCAUUUGAAUGGUUAACUCCCACCCUCUCUUCUUCUUUCCAGCUCUUCUUUUUAUCCCCAUUCCUCUGCUCUUGUAUUCAAUGUCACACUGUGGCUUCAGCCAAUCACUGCCACUGUCCAGCCCCUUCACUGCUUCCUUACUCCACCCCCUGCCUUUGGCACAUUAUAUACCCACACGCAGUCCAGCUGGGAGAGUGUUCAACAUGCUGCUGCUGAUUCACAGUGCAGACUAUUAUAACACUGCACAGCAGAGGAAGAGAGGAGGACUGCGCGGGGACUUCGGAUGUUUUGUUGCUGGCCAUGCUCCUUUUGCACGUAGUUUCACAUCGGACUGUUUAGAUCUAGGCUUCAUCUCUUCUCAAGCCAGUACUGGAUUCGGAGUACAGUAGAGGAAGUUUCUACCUGGCUUCCAAUAGCCUCACUGGCUUCUAAUUUUUUUAAAAUGGGCUGUACCACAGGGCACCUGGCAUGCCAGCCCCAGCCUUCUUCAAACACCAACCAGGAGGGACAGACUCCGGAGGGGGCAGCCAAAGUCCCAGAGGUCCUGUCUUCUUUAGAGAGGCUUUCUCAGGCCACAGGGGGCAUGGAAAAAUCUUGGUAUCGCUGCAUCUUCCCCUUUGGAAUCAUCUCACUGGUAAUUGGUAUAGCUGGCACAAGCGUGACCUACACCUACAACGACCUCCCACAGACCAAGGUGGUCUCGGUGGUCUUGCUGAUUGUCGGGCUGGUCCUGAUGGUAAUGGCUACUGCCUGUUGGACAACACAUAAGAAGAAACGCAGGAAAAAGAAAGCAGGAGGCCCCUUUACCACUGAACCGUGUCCCCUGUGAGGAGAGACUAGAAGGACGAAGACGCUUUUGAUUGAGAACACAGGGAGUUGUGAUGCCACCUUGCCUUUUGUUUAGCAUUUCUUUUUGCCAAACUUCGGUCCAUGUAUUCACUCAGGUAGCAGCAGUGUGAACAUGGAAAUAGGACAGAUGGACAAUGUGUUCAGGACACCCCCAGGGAGCCAUGCAACCCAGUGGACAAGUAUGAGGGUUCGCACAUGGUUUAUUGCCACUCAGCAAGUGUCUAGUGUCAAAACAACUCCAGAGCCACAUGCACAUUUAAGACACUUAACGCUUGGGCCGUAACACCGAGCCACUGCUGAAGUCAGUGCUGCCGUCAACACAGCCGUCAGUCCCCUGCAGUCCUGCCAUUGGGGUCAAAUGUCUCUCCAAGGCUAGCAAAGAAGUGAUCCAGAGAAGGCAACCAGACACCGCGACGAAAAGCAGAGCUGCAACCCCAUAAUCGUUGCACGUCAUUCCCCUGUCUGUGACACUACAGCAAUGUGUGAGCUUUUUACGCAAUGGGAGAGUGGAACCUGAGCUGAGCCUCAACUAGUCCUUACUGGCGAGAGAUGGCAUGAGCAGGAAACAUUGUGUGUGUGUGUGUGCAGCCAGGAAGAUUAAGAACAAGCAUGCUGCAUGCUAUUCCACUUCCACUUCUCUGUCAGAGUUUUACAAUGUCAGGCUGGGUGCAGUGUUCACAUAUAGAGCAGUGACCACGUUCCUGGAAGCCUAUCUUCUUACUGAAUUCAGUUCCUGUCUGCGAUCGAUCGAGCUGAACUGACUAGGCAAGUAGAUUGAUUAUCUGUAGCACGUGUGUUGCAUUAGAGUUGGAACUGAAUUCUAUAGGAAGGUGUGCUCCUAGGUCUACCCAAAGCAGAAUAGGUGAGGAUUAAUCUAUAGGAUUUCUGGUAUUCUCACCAUUUGUCUAAACCUCUGUUUUCUUCACUGUAAGUCUGUGCCUCGAAUCAUCUGAGGAAAUAUACAAGGAAAAAAACCAAAGCCCUUUUUGUUUUGGGUUAGUUGGUGAAAAUCUUGCCUUCAGAGAUAAGACUUCAUUUCUCUGCUUCACAGAGAAUGAUAUUACUAAAGGAGAAAAAACACAAAAGGACACCAGAUGUCAAGACUUGCAUCCAGAGUUUACUUCACUCCUGUGCCUUGAGCAAGUGGGACUCAAGUGGCGUACAGUACCUUCUCAACACCGUUCUCUUUGGCCUUUGCUCUUCAUAAACCUAUUGGCCAACAGCAGCUUUUCCAUUCAAGCUAAUCCUGAUUCUCAUGUCAUUUCUGUCUUAAGGGGUUACUUUCCAUCAGUCCCGUCUGCUGCCCUUCUCUUUCACGCCCUGCUCAUAAACCCCCCAUUGCUCCAGUUCCAUAAACUGCCAUCAUUCUAGCAUUUCACAUCCAUCCCCAUGGCAGAAAUACCAAUUAUUACACCGUGUCUGGAAUUCUCUCCAUUUGAAGAAAGACCUUCACCCAGGUUGGUAGAUAAAUACCAAA